AUGGUUGUCAUACGUAGAAUAUUCUUCUUUAUUGUUUAUUGUUCAUUAGUCUAUGGAGAAUGUCAAUUCUAUAAAGAUGAACAUACUAAAGAUAUUUAUGAGAAAAUGAAAAAAUGGGAAAAAUUUGGAAAAAAUUUCACAGUGUCGAACAACGGAUUAACAUAUUUUAUUGGAAUAUGUUCAUCGCCUAAUAAUUCAGCUGAUGACACAGCUAUUAUUCAAAAAGAAAAUAAUUCUUCAUAUGUUCUCGGAAAAUUAGAUCAAGUUAAUCUUGUUCGAGGAGAUGAGUGGAUACUUCUAACUUAUAAAAAUGGCGAUCCAUACGAAGAUGCUUGUAAUAAUUCAGCACGUUCAGCUUCGAUUAUAUUCGUUUGUGGACAAAAUAAGGUUAGAAAAAAAAACACAGUAACAACAAAUAAACGAAAUAAAAUUUCGUCACAAAAAUCUAACUCCUAUUCUUUAAUAAUUGAAUUUAGAGAAAGAAAAAAAAUUGCUUCUGCAAUAGUUGACGGAUGA